UUGUGUGGGACCAGCCUGUGUUAUCAGCUGACGUGCGAGAUACUUUGGUAAUCAUACGAAAGACACUGAAUUUGCGAAGAUGCCAGCAUUCUGUGGUGUUAUUGGGUGCGCAAACAAGCGGACGAAGUUCCCGGAAAAGUUUUACUUCCGACUACCAGCGGUGGACAAGAGGUAUGGAGGGAAGAGAGAGAAAAUAACAAGAGUACGGCGAGGGAAGUGGCUGGCAAAUCUGGCAAGAGCUGACUUAACCGAGGCUGGAAAAAGGCAUCUCCUCGUGUGCAGUGAUCAUUUUUUGAGUGGACGGCCAGCAGUCCUUGAUGAUACAAGUAAUCCAGACUGGGCCCCAACACAGAACCUUGGUCAUCGUAAAGUGUCCCAGGAAUUGGUCGCCAUCAGUUGUGCUCGGCAUCAAAGGAUCCAGGAGAGAAAGUCGAAGAAGGAUAAGGAGAUGUUUAUGGCAGCGCAGACACUCAUGGACAUGCAGGAAUACACUCAACCUAGCAGUGACAAAGUUUAUGUUGGGAAGGACGUGAUGGAGCCCUUUGAGUUUGUGACGGAAGUGAAGGAGGAGCCAAUAGACCACCAAGUUUCAUCCACUACACAGCAGCCCUCAGUGGUGGAUAGCGUGAGUGAUCACUCCCAAGAUGCUCUCUCCCAGUGUGACGAGAUUGGCAUUAAGAAGGAGGAGGAGGAGGAUGUUUGCAUCAAGGAUGAGCCCAUUGAAGACUUGGACCCACUCAGUAACUGUACCACCUUUGUCCCUAUGCUGAAGUCCAAGCCAAGUAACACCAGUGUCAAAAAGGAUCACAGCCAGUUCAUCAGAAAAACUCACAAGACUGGAGGGGGACACCCACCAACACUGCCAGGACAGCCAGAGCAGCCGCAGACCCUUUUGCAAAACCCUGCCAGUCCUAUUGUGAUCAUCGGCAGUGCAGAACGUGAAGACUUUCUUAUUGGAGGUGUCCGUUUAGGACAGCCAGAGCAGCCGCAGACCCUUUUGGAAAGCCCUGCCAGUCGUAUUGUGAUCAAUGGCCGUGCAGAACGUGAGUUCUCUGGCCAAGACACUGGGCACCUCCCAUGCACCUCCUCUACUCCCAACACAGGUGCCGCCCAACCAGACCAAUCCUUCAGGGGACAGAAGAGGCAGGCAGCAGAGAACAAAUCUGCCGCCUACAAGAGGUGCUCAAGAAGGCAAAUCGAGUUUAGGGACAAACUCGAGUCUAAAAUUGAUAGCCAGACAGGAAAAGCAUGCACAAUACUCGAUAAAAUAGCAUCAGCUGCAGAUAAAGUUGGAUUUGCCAGUGGCAGAAUAGCAUCAGCUGUAGAUGAAGUUGGAUCUGCUGUUGGCAGAAUAGCAUCUUCAGCUGAGAGAACAGCUGCAGCCCUGGAGAAGAUGGUGGGCUUAAUGUGAAAAAACAGCAUGCUAUGUUUUUUUUUUUUUUUUUUUUUUUUUUUUUUUUCC